AUGUUCUACUCAAGAAAUUACUUCAUUAUCACCCUUUUAUUAACGAUCAAUGCCGAAAAGAACAAUGAACAUUUGAUUGAUGAAUUUCAUUCAACCUACUUGAAUGAUAGAAUCAAUGUGUCUACUCUCACUCGCUCAUCUGUUCUCGAUCAGUUAACAAACUUGACUUUAGGUACAAUCAGUGAUUUACAGUCAGGAUCAUUAUUGGAUAAAGAAACCAUAGGCAAUGUCGUUUUUAAUGUUCAUCACUUCACUCAAUUUCUCUUUGAUGGUAAUCAUGUGUAUAUUUAUAGUCCAAAAAAGAAUGAUGAAAAUGUCAAUCAACCUCAAAAAUGGACUUUUUUCUAUGUACCUGUGUUGCAACCAAUCCAGACAGCAGUGAUUCUACCUUGGGUAACGAUAAACAAACUUGAAGUACGUGUUCGACUUGCUCUCGGUACGCCAGAAGUAGAAGAAGCCGCACGUGCAGCUAUUGCUAAUCAAUUUAGUUCUGUAAUAGCUGAAAAAUAUUCGCAAUCGUGGGUCAUUGCUCCUCUAAUGCUUGAUUCUCUCUCAGCAUAUAUUGUUACAGUAGGUUCAAUCCCAGUAAUAGGUGUCGCACCGUUUCAUAUUGAUAAUCCGAAUUCCAAUGUUGUUAUCUUUCGAUUUGUUUGUCCGAUCAAAGAAAUUGCUUUAAUAGUUGCUGCCGGUUUACUUACCGGAGAUUUUGAUAUUGAAGUUUCUCUAUACUUUUCUGGCAUGCAUCGUGUCAGAACGAAUAUGAUGGCUAUUACUGCAACUCAACUACAAUCUGUUCUAACUAAAACAAUAGCUGAUGGCGGUGGAACUAAUUCAACAUAUAUUCAUCGUGAUCAAGCAACCAGUUUUGUUGCAAAAUAUGUGACUAAUGUAAAAAAACUGAUAUAUAUUGAAGAUGUCAAUGCUGAUAUGUCCAUAUUAACGCGUGGUUUAGAAGAGCAAUUAGCUGCUCUCUUUCAGCAAGGUAUCAAUAAAGCUCAAGAAAUACAGAUUCACGUUGGUGCUUUCAAUCAAGUAUGGCAAUCGGCUGAUCUUAAUCCUGAUCGCAUAGCUAGUGAAAUGAGCAAAAUGUUUACAUUUAAUAAAACCGAAACGAAGAAACAUAAUAAUGGAGAAAACUAUUAUUCGGUCAAUCAACGCAAAGAUUGUUACUUGCCAUCUCAUGCUCCCUUGGAUUUACGAAUAAGAACAAUUUUUACUGCAAUUGAUAUAAUAGUACAUGGUGAUCAUCAGAAAAAGAAUAGUGAAGAAUACGAAACUACAUCGCACAAUGUUGUUUCAGAAUCUGAUAUUAAAAAAGCUGCGUCGCAAGUAUCAAUAGAAGGCGCUUGGGAAGGAAAAAAAUUUAUACCAAAAUCAUUCAAAGUUUUUAGACUAAUUGAUUUGGUGGAUCAAUUACAAGUAGCUAUUAUUUCCAAACAAUUGUUAGCUGAAAAAAGAAACGGAGCAGUAAUCCGAAGAAUCGGCGCUUCAACCUCUUUAUCGAGUAGUUUCAAUUUUUUCUCAUCAUUAAGCAAUGAUACUCUCUUUGCAUCUUUGGAGAAUACAAGUCUUCUUACUCUACCAGAAAAUAUCAAUUUUUCCUCUUUUCUCAACAAUGAAAACAUCAUUCCACCAGAAAACAAUAAGAAUUUACUAACUGGUGAAGUUAAAUUGUACGCUGGUUCAUCUCCUCCUCUUCAUCCGUGGCUACUAUGUGACGGUUCUAUCAUAUCUCGUUCAGAAUAUCCACGUCUCUUUGAAGCUAUUGGUACAAAAUAUGGUGAAGGUCAUAAUUCCACAACUUUCAAAUUACCUGAUUUACGUGGUCGAGUUCCACUUGGAGUCGAUACUGAACAAUUACGUGUUGAGAUAGCUACAAAAGUUGGUGAUGAAGGGGGCAACGCUAAGCAUAUGUUAACAGUUGAGCAACUACCAUCUCAUACCCAUAGUUCAGGUAUAUUACAAAAUUCGUAUGAUGGUCAACAUGCACAUGGUAUUUAUGACCCUGGCCAUAAUCAUGGUGGUAUGACAAGUUCAUAUGCAGUUCCAUCGUCGACGUCAACAAACUAUGGAGAAUAUAACUAUCAAAUGAAUGGCUAUCGUAAGUGGCAAGCAUAUACCAUUUCAACGUCUUUUACUCAAAUUUCACUUCACUCAAAUGGUAAUCAUACACAUCAGAUAACAGGUCAUACUGGCGCAGUCGGUCAAUAUGAAUCAUUUUUUAUUCUUCCUCCAUUCCAAACAUUUUAUUAUAUAAUCUAUGCUGAUUAA